UCUGUCCUCGGAGGAUCAUGACUUCGACCCAACAGCCGAGAUGCUGGUUUAUGAGUAUGAUGAUGAGCAGACAUUAGAAGAAGAAGAGGCGCAGGAAGGAGACAGGAAUUUUAGUGCUGAACUGGCGGAUCUGGAGAAGGUAAUCAUUAUAUCGCAUUCUCAAUCGUAUCUUCGGUCUACUUUAAAUGUUAGGUGUGUUUUGUUUUGUCUAAUUGGACAAUAAUUAAAUUUAGAUUUUGAAGGUGGGAAAUUGCAAACAGUGCAAUGUAUUUGUUGUUAUACCAUUUUUAAAUAAAAAUGCUUGAUUCAGAUUUUUUAGAAUGUGUUGAUUAGUUUUCUAAAAAUUCACAUAAUACAGAUUGUAUGGUUACAUUUUUUGUGGUAUUAAAUCAUUUCCUAGGAUUUGGUGGUAUUGUUGACGAACCACACAAUCUAAGCCUAAUAAUACAUACAUUUCAAUACAUACAUCAAACAUAAGAAUGUCUUUUAAACGGCAUACUUUAAAAUUUCUUAGUAACAUACUAAGCUGCGGUUAUUGUCUUAGAAAAAUGGGAAGAUGAGGUAAUGGUUGUUUUUAUAGUUCCUUCACCUGUCAGCUGUAAUGUUAUAUCCACCCACCUAAUAUUGAGUAGGUCCCCAUUUUGCUGCUAAAACAUCCUGACCUGUCGAGGCAUGGACUCCACUAGACCUCUGAAGGUGUAUCUGGCACCAAGCCAUCAAUAGCAGAUCCUUUAAAUCCUGUAAGUUAUGAGGAGGGCCUGCAUGGAUCUGACUUGUUUUUCUAGCACAUCCCACAGAUGCUUUAUUGGAUUGCUGUCUGGAGAAUUUGGAGGCCAAGUGAACACUUUCAACUUGUGUUUUUGUCACUGGCUUUGAAUGUGAUUUCCGGCAGGCAAUAUGGAGGACUUGCAUUUUAUCUCGCUGUACAUCUGAGUAAUUGAAGGUUAAGGGCCUUGCUCAAGAGCUGAACAGUGGCAACUUGGUGGUGCUGGGGUUUGAACGAAGGGAAUAUGCCUCUGGAGGAACUGUUGGCCAUCUAUCGUUAUGAACCGUCAGUCAGCACGGCCGCAGGAUCUAGCAUGGACAGCUCCUCUGGUGAACUGGCAGAUGACUUCCCGGACAUGACCCUAGAUAAGGAAGAGAUAGCCAAGGAUCUGCUGUCAGGAGACUACGAGGAAGAGACGCAGUCUUCAGCUGAUGAUCUGACUCCUUCUGUUACCUCUCAUGAGACCACUGACUUCUUCCCAAGAACACUCAGAUCCAACACUACAUAUGAUGGUGAUAAGGAGUCUGAGGGAGAGGAGGAAGGUCUUAAUCCAGAAGAUUCAAGAAAGGAAAUAAUGGUUGGGUUGCAGUACCAAGCAGAGAUUCCUGUGGGCCUGAGCUUCUACUCUGAUGACAAAUUGUUUGAAGAGGCGGAUCAUUUGCUCUGGUGUCCUGAUGUGUUGUCGGAGAGGAGAGUGGAGGACUACCUCAGAAAGGCACUAUCUCAGACUGUGGACGGUAGCAUAGAGAGCUCAACAUGUGGUGGACACAUUCGAGACAAUGAACAGGCUUUGUACGAGCUUUUGAAAUGUAACUACAAUACGACCGAGGCUUUAAAGCGAUACUGCAGUAACCCUAAAUCCUCAAAAGAAGAAUCGCCGCCGUGGUCUGAAGAAGAGUGCAGAAAUUUUGAGCAUGCGCUACAGAUUUAUGAAAAGAACUUCCAUCUAAUUCAGAAAAACAAGGUUCCGACAAGGACGGUGGCGGAGUGUGUAGCUUUUUACUACAUGUGGAAGAAGUCUGAACGAUUUGACUAUUUUGUUCAACAGAACCGGUUUGGGAAAAAGAAGUAUAGCAUUUACCCUGGAGUGACAGACCUGAUGGACCGGUUGGUGGACCAGGCAGAAGGUCUGGCAGUGGACGGCCCUACAUCCGUGUGCUCAGGUGGAGCUGGGGGAAGGUUGGAGGUGUCUGCAGAGCAGCAGCUUGGCCUUCUCAAUACGAUCACUGCCAGUGAUCUCACAGCUCUGAGUAACAGCGUGGCGUCCGUGUGCAGUCAGGCUGAUGUGAGCUGUUUGGACUCGUCCUAUUUCCCCCCCCUGGAGAAUUUCCACCGUGGAGGGCUGACUCAUGAUGAAGCUACUCUGGGCUACGGCGCAAGCGGUGAUGCCGGCUGCCUCGGCGUCCUCGACUCGGCUCUGUAUCGCUCAGAGCUCAGCCAGCUUGGCGUGUGCAGCAACAAGGAGUGUGAACGUCCGUCCAAACGCCUCCGGAUGGGCCUGGCCGACUCGUUCAUCAAAGACACGCACCGCAUCACGGGAGCCAAGAUGGCUGUAUCACUCACAGACUUCAGCAUAGCAGGCGGAGACGCAAACGCUUUCAUCAGCUCACACCCGCGUCACCAACACACUGCACUGCAGUCUGACUGACACACACACCUCCUCCCAACCUGUACAGAUCUGACUGACCCUUAGUUUUUUUCCUAAUUAUGUAUAAAUAUACUUCUUUUGUAAUAUGACAUCAGUGAUGUCUUUAUUGUACAGAGCUACAAAAUCUUGAUUUCUCAAGAGUUUAAAUAGCCAUUUAUUUUUCUGGAUAAUAUCGUAUAUCAGCAUCGAUUUACAGUUAAACAGAAAUGCUGGAGGUCGAGAGCUGCGAUGGUUGCUCGUCCCUCUAACCGAAGCCUUCAGUUUCACAUUCCCGUGAAAAAAAAACUAAUUGCCAGAAACUGCAUUGACUUCUUUUUGUUUUGUAUCCUUUAUUAUUUGUAAGGUUUUUUUUUUGUUUGUUUUUUUCUAAAUUGGUACUGUUUCUGAUGUUUACACAAGCCGAGAGACCAGGGUUCGGCAAAUGUAGCGUUUUGUAUAUCGGGCAACUUUUUCUCUUAAUAUUGGGGAUUUACAGCAAAACCACAUAUCUGUUACAAUGAAGAGCACUUCUUACGAGCUGAAAUAUUUUGGCGUCCUUCUUUUUUCUUUUCUUUUUUUUCCGCUCCUCGAUAGUUUACUUAUGUUUACUUUCUGUGAAUGCAUGCCAUGUUUCCUGCCUGCAUCUUUAAAGAACCGUAAAAUUACUGCUGGACGUCAAGUGUUUUUUGUAGACGAGGAUUUCCUAUUUUUGUCCAGUUUGUUGAUAGCUGUGAUUAGUUCGAGCUAGGUUGGUUUUAUAUGUAUUUAAGCUUUAAAAAUUCACCCUUUGACGUGCAACUCCACAUAUCAUCAAGGUUUUUACGAGAACCUCUUGCAGAGUGUACAGAAGAAUGAGUAGUGAGGGUGCCAUUACUAUUCUCUUCUAUAAGACUUCCAGGAAAAAGGCAGCUGAAACAUUAGGUACGCCUUAUAACUAGGACUUGUGUUAAAUGAUGUGUGAGCGAGUCCAGUCCUGCUGUUUUAUUCAGGCUGGUUUGUUUUAUGAGGUUUGGCCCCUUUGGGAUUAGUAGAGGAAUUGGGGUAAAGAGUCAUUUUGAUUUUGAUGUUGUGCCCUAAAAUGAAAAUGUAUAAAAUGAGACUUUGCCCUAACCUUUGGUGACAUUAUAUUAUAUAUAUAUUUUUUCUUAUGUUUUCAGGAAGAUGCUGAGCUAUCAUGCUUGCUGCAGUUUUAAAAUCGAGUUAAAAAAGAAAUUGCUUACAGAACAAACGCCAGUCUGCCAUUACGGGACACUUAUGUGGUUCUUGUAGCCCUAAUAUUAGUUGAUGCUUUGCUAAUUAUUGUGAUUAUUUCAGCUAUUCUGUAUCAGACAUUCCUCCUGAUUUACUGACGGAAUUUAGAUGCUUUGCCCUAUUUGUUAGACAUGCAGUACUGUAAAAAAAAAAAAUCUUAUUAUAUUUAGCCUUUUUUUGUAUACUGUAUGCACUGGGCAGAUGAAACAAGAUAUAAAAGAAUUUUUUUUUUCUGUGCAUUCAGAGUGCAAAACUUGUUUUAGGGAACAUUUGCUGAGAUAUACAGAUCCAUGAAUACAUACACCGAUCAGUCCUGACGUUAACACCACCACCAAGUGAACUGAAUAACACUUAUCAUUUCUAUACCAGUAAACUGGUGAUGGGAUCACGGGCACCAAAGGCCAGCACACUAAGCCCAAUCUCAUGGUAGAAGGUAGAAAAGUUUAAGGUUGUUGACUCUGCACCACAACUUUGGUGCCAGACGAGGCACGUCCCCAUAGGUCGCACCCUGAUGGGCCAGAGCCCAAAAAACCUAGGUGGUAUUAAUGUGAUGGCUGAUCAUUGUUUGUACACAUAAAUAUAUAUAAAAGUUCUUGUUUAUUACGGCAAUAACAUAUAACAUGUAGAUAUGUACAGAAUGUUUAAUUGUCAUAUUUCUUCUAAUAUUGCUUAAAAACAUUAUGCUUUUGUGUGUUUUUUUUUGCUAACAAGUUGUUUUGCAGUAAGAAACAUGCCGGUCAUACAGACCGGCUUUGCAACUUACCACUAAGAUUUUUCAAGUGGGAGAUGUACAGAAAUCGGCACGGCACAUUCUCUUUACUGAUUUCUUUCGGGGGCACCCCACUACAAGUGCAAGACGUGUCACCUCAGCUCAUAUGGGUGUGAAAGUGCAUUCUCAUCAAAUAAGCUGCUAUCAGUAAAUGUGAAGAAAAAAAAACUGCACCUAAUGAGUACAGGAUCACAGCGCUGAGGGUUCAACUGUACUGCUGCUGCAUAUGUGUGUGUGUAUGUGUGGACGUCCAGGAGUCGUGCUGGAGGAGGAAUAGUCUUGCAGACGUUUGGGAUUUUUCACUAGAUAACUCAAGGGACAGACAUUCCUAUUAAAGAGAUGCAGCUUUGGUUUUCUACGUUUUACUUUGAGAUCCUUUGUGAAAAACUUCCCUGCUGCCUCAAAUGCAAGCUCUCUCAGUGCACAAACUCCAGAUUUUCUGCUGGAGUGUGAAUGUAAUAAUUUUCUUUUUGUAUAAAACAGUUUUAAAUAUCUAGGAUGGACGAGAUGUUGCUUUUCCCAAUCACUGAAAGUGGUUAAUUUGACAUAUCGAUGUUUUAAUCCACUUUCAGCAGUGUCUGACCACGUCUCCUCUCGUGCAUUGCAACGCUACAUCACUUUCAGAUGUGCACUGAGGCAACAGAACCAGAUUUUCAUAUUCAAAUAUUGUAUAAAAUGAUCAGAAAUCUUCAUGUGCAACUUGUACCGGGUCUCACACAUCCAUGCUUUCCAAACUGCUCAGUAGAUAUUCUCUGUAGUUUUGUGUUUGUAUAUUUAUCACAUUCUUUUUUUUUUUUCAACUUGGACAGAUUAAUGAUCUCCGAUCUAUUCAUGGGGAAAAAACUUAUAUUAAAAAACAAAAAAGGGAAAAUACAGUUGUGAGUAACAAUGAAAUAUAACUUUAAAUGUUUAUCCAGAAAUAUAGACAAUCAUAACAUUUAAUAACUGAAUUAUUCCAACCUAUUGUUUAUAACAUGUAAAUACAAUUAUAUUGAUUUGUUUUUGCAUUUGUUUAGGCAUUAUUUUGUAUUUUUCUGUUGUACUUGAUGUAAAACAUCCAAAAAUAAACCCUUGGGAAAAAGUUGUGAGAGAGUUUCAUGGUUUUAAGUGUUUAGUUCGGUUAAAACUCUCAGCAUAUGUACUAUAUGUGUAGUGUAAUGAAAACCAACACUGAUAC